AUGGCCACGGAAUACGACAACGAGAACGGUCGCUACGACGACGAGCCUCGUUUCGCCCGCGACCGCAGCGCAUCUCCUCGCGAUGAACCUCGUGGCGAUCGCACUCGCAGCCGCUCUCCUAACGGUCGUAUGGAUGAUCGGCCUUCGGUUGAUUCUCGUAAGCCCUUGGACGACGACGAGGAGGGCGCUCAGAACACCGGCUCCAACCUGUUCGUCACUGGCAUUCACCCUCGUCUCACCGAGUCAGACAUCUGCCGUCUGUUUGAAAAGUACGGUGAUGUCGAGAACUGCUCGAUCAUGGUCGACCCUCACACAAAGGAGUCUCGUGGCUUCGGUUUCGUCAAGAUGGUGACGGCCGAGCAGGCGGAUGCUGCCAAGGAGGGCCUGCAGGGCGAGGUUAUCGAAGGCCGCACUCUGAGCAUCGAGAAGGCCCGUCGUAGCCGUCCUCGCACCCCUACUCCCGGCAAAUACUUCGGCCCUCCCAAGCGUGGCACUGACUUCCGUGGUGGACAUGGUGGCCGUGGCCGUGGCGACCGUUUCGAUGAUCGCCGCGGCGGAUACGGUGGUAGCUGGCGUCGCAAUGACGACUACCGCUACGGUCGCUACGACUCCUACAGUGACCGCCGAGACUACGGUGGUCGCGAUUACCGUGACUAUGGCGGCCGUCGUGACUACCGCGACGACUACGGCUACCGCGGUGGCAUCGACCGCUAUGCGUCCAGCCGCGAGGACCGCUACAGCCGUGAAGAGCGCCGCGGCGGCGGCGGUGGUGGUGGCGAAGACCGUCGCAGCGGUGGCGGUGAUGAUCGCCGCAGCUACUACGACCGCGAUGCCAACCCCCCCAGCUACGGUGGUCACAGCGCAGCACCUCCCGCUCGCGAGGCUUAUAGCGGCGGCGGCGGUGGCGGCGGUCGCUCUUACGAUCCCCGUGACGACAGAUACAGCUCCCGGUAG